GUAGGCCAAAAACCAAGAAUAGAACAUGGAGGAAGAUAUAAUUAUAAAUCUUCGUUCCAAGCUCAAAGAGGUUGAAGAAGAGCGAUUAAAGGCCGCACAGUAUGGUUUACAACUAUUAGAGAGCCAGAAUGAAUUGCAGAAUCAACUGGACAAAUGUCGUAAUGAAAUGAUGACACUGAGUGAGCAGAGAUUCCUUGAUAUGUUGACAUACCAUGGAGCACUUUUUACUCUCCUGACAGGGCACAGAAGCAGGUAGAAUUAUGAACAAGAAAAAUAUACUCUUCAAAGAGAAGUUGAACUCAAGAGUCGAAUGUUAGAAAGUUUGAGCUGUGAAUGUGAAGCUGUUAAACAACAACAAAAAAUGCACCAAGAGCAAUUAGAAGAGCAACUAAACAGAAGCCAUGGACAGGAAGUGAAUGAGCUGAAAAAUAAGAUAGAAAAGCUGAAAGUGGAAUUAGAUGAAGCCAGGCUUAGUGAAAAGCAGCUGAAGCACCAAGUGGAUCAUCAGAAGGAGCUCCUCUCUUGUAAAUCAGAGGAACUGCGGAUAAAGUCUGAACGUGUACACGAAAGCAUGUCUUCCGAGGUUCUGACUCUUCAAAUUGAGCUGGCAGAGAUGGAGAGUAUGAAGACCACCCUUGAAGAAAAAGUGAAUGAACUACAGUACAGACAAGAACAGCAAGAACUUCUUAUUACUAACUUAAUGCGCCAGGUAGACCGACUGAAAGAAGAAAAAGAGGAGCGAGAGAAAGAAGCAGUUUCUUACUAUAAUGCCCUAGAGAAAGCUCGUGUAGUAAAUCAAGAUCUUCAGGUGCAGUUGGACCAGGCACUUCAGCAAGCCUUGGAUCCCAAUAGUAAAGGCAACUCUUUAUUUGCAGAGGUGGAAGAUCGAAGAGCGGCACUGGAACGGCAGUUUAUCAGUAUGAAAGUCAAAUAUCAGUCACUAAAGAAGCAAAAUGUAUUUAAUAGAGAACAGAUGCAGAGAAUGAAGUUACAAAUCGCCACACUGCUACAGAUAAAAGGGUCUCAAACUGAAUUUGAGCAGCAGGAACGGUUGCUUGCCAUGUUGGAGCAGAAGAAUGGUGAAAUAAAACAUCUCUUAGGUGAAAUUAGAAAUUUGGAGAAAUUUAAGAAUUUAUAUGAAAGUGUGGAAUCUAAACCUUCAACCAGUUCCGGCGCUCUUCAACUAGCUCUGGAAGAUAACACCUAUUAUACAGAUUUACUGCAGAUGAAGCUUGAUAACUUAAACAAAGAAAAUGAAAGCAUUAAAGGUGAAUUGUCCAUACAGCGGAUGAAAGCAUUAUUUGAGAGCCAGCGUGCUCUGGAUAUCGAGCGAAAACUUUUUGCAAAUGAAAGAUGCCUCCAGCUUUCAGAAAGUGAGAAUAUGAAACUAAGAGCUAAACUAGAUGAAAUGAAAUUGAAGUAUGAACCUGAAGAGACAGUUGAAGUGCCUGUACUCAAAAAGCGGCGUGAGGUGCUGCCUAUGGAUGUAACCACCCCUAAGGAUGCCUGUGCCAGCAACAGCACUGUCAGGGAAGAAGUUUGUAGAUUACCACCUCAGAAGGAGGAGACACAGUCCUGUCCUAACAUUUUAGAAGAUAACAAUUUGUGGUUAGGAAAAUUGGUUUCUACAAACACAACAGUAGUCAAUCUCUCUCCUCCCAAAAGUCUGCCCAUGGAUACACAGCUGAAGAAGGAGAAAAAAUGUGUAAAGCUCGGAGUUCCUGCUGACACUGAAACCUUAAGUGAACGAAGUGGAAACACCCCUAACUCUCCCAGGUUAGCUGCUGAAUCAAAGCUUCAAACAGAAGUUAAAGAAGGAAAAGAAACUGCAAGCAAAUUGGAAAAGGAAACUUGUAAGAAAUUACACCCUAUUCUAUACGUGUCUUCCAAAUCAACUCCAGAGACCCAGUGCCCUCAACAGUAAAGACUUUUCUUUAAUAAGAGUACAGUGCCUCUUACCAUGGUGCUUAGUUAAGAUCGUCUUUAUUUGGCGUAUUCCACCCUUCUAGGUUAUUUACAUCUGUUCAUUGUGCUAGGACCUGGCAUUUACAUGUUUUUUUGACUAAGUGUUCAAAGUUUGGUUGUGAUUCCUAACCUGGAGAAUUCCUUAAGUGAUGACUCUUCAAGGAGCUUCUAUGGCAGUCAAUAAACUAAUAACUGAAGGAAAAUGUUACAGUGAAUGUAAAUCUAUUUGCUGCAUUGUAUAUAGAUUUUUACUGGUGUAAACACUUAAGUAACCUACCUUCAAAACCAUAUGUUUGAGAAGAGAACACCCAAAUUAUUAUAUUUUUCUAUAUACUUUUUAAAUGAACUUAGUUUUUCACUGUUUUA